CAAACCCAAAUGCUCAACACGCUCGGCAAGUUUCUCGAAGCAAUUAUUGCACGUCGCAUCAGCUACGCCAUGGAAAGUGAAGGAUUGCUUCCUUCAAGCCACCUAGGUGGCCGUAAAGGAAUAUCCACGGAUCAUGCCAUACAGAUUAUCCUCGAUCGAAUCCGUGGAGCCUGGGGACGUGGCCAUGCCGUUGUAUCCAUGCUCCUAUUGGACGUCAGCGGCGCCUACGACAAUGCCCACCACCUACGAUUACUACACAAUAUGAAGAAACGACGUCUAGGGCACUUUGUGUCGUGGGUGACCGCCUUUCUCACAAAUCGAAGCACCAAGAUACGGAUCCCUGAGGGGAUAUCUGGCCAAAUUCCUACACCAACAGGUAUCCCACAGGGAUCACCAAUCUCACCGAUCUUGUAUCUGAUUUACAACGCGGAUUUGAUCGAGGAUUGCGCGAAUUUGACUAACCACACAACGACAAGCGGAUGGGUGGACGACGUGGCCCUGAUGGCCACAGGCAAUACAGAGUCAGAGACAAUAAGAAAGCUUCAAAAAGCUAGCGAGAUCGCGGAUCAAUGGGCGGUACGACACGUCUCGGUGUUUGACACUAAGAAAUAUCAACUAAUUCACUUUGUGAACCCACGAAGCACGACCAAUCCUGAAUCGCAGCCAAUCCAGCUUCGCGAUAACGUUAAAAUAAAGCCCAAGGAAGCUGUCAAAUAUCUCGGCAUCUGGCUCGACACGAAGCUGUGCUUUGACACGCAUCGUGAUGAGGCCAUCGCAAAGGCAGGCACCAGCUUGGAAGCCCUACGUGGCCUAUCAGGAUCCACGUGGGGGGUCGCAUUAGGCUCUAUGAGGAGGAUCUAUCAAGCAAUUGUUAUCCCACAGAUGCUUUAUGGCGCUGCGGCCUGGUUUCAACCAGGCCUCAUGAGCCAGAGGCAAAUCUCACAAACCAUAAGCAAAUUUGCAAUCACCCAAAAGCGCGCGGCGUGCCUAAUCAGUGGAGCUCUUCGUACAACGGCUGCGGAGGUCCUCAAUAUAGAGCUUCACUUAAUGCCAAUCCGAUUGCAACUGGACCAACUCACAAAGGCUACAGCUAUACGGAUUCGUACAGGCCCUGCCUUUGCGAUCCCUGACGGCCUAGCAAUCGACGUACUGAUGACGAACUCAAGCUCGGCGGAUACACUCCCAUGGAAGCUCAUGCUUGGAAGAAGGGCGGAUGCUUAUUGGCUCCCCCGGGGACCUUGGCAGGGCGAAGGGAGAGCCGACUCGCACGGCAGUGGAUAUCAAGGCUAUAUUGGCACGUCCAUGGUCAUCCCGGCCUUUGGAAAACAACGAACAGAGUGUAUUGGUACGGAAGGCACCUCAACCGUGUAUGCAGCUGAGGCCUGCGGCAUCAAAUUUGCGCUAGAAACCGCGCUUCAGAUCGCGGAUCAGAAUAUACAAACCAAGAAGCUAGUUAUCUUCUCAGAUAGCCAAGCUGCGCUCAGAACCCUCAUGAAUCCGCGUAUGGUCUCUGGCCAAACGUACAUUUAUGACUGUAUCGAUUCACUAAGAAAGUGCAUUGAUGAGGAUAUCGACGUGACGCUGAGAUGGAUUCCAGGCCAUGAGGGCAUUCCCGGAAACGAAGCCGCAGACAGGGCUGCAAAACGUGCAGCUCUAAUAGGUGCACGAAGGCAGAUUGUGCCAGGAGAUAUCGGUAACUGGACCAUACUCGCAGCAGCUGCAAAGCGCAGAAUACGCCAAUCAACCAAGGAUGCCUGGGAGAAACAGUGGGACAAGCAAAAGGCAGGGAAACCUACCAAAAAACUUGUCACUCAGCCUUCCAAGCGCACACUCCAAUAUUGGACCUUUCUCCGCAAAGCAACAUCGUCAAUACUGAUACAGCUGCGUACCGAACGAAUCGGGCUGGCGCACUAUCUGUGGCGAAUCAACAGGCGAGAACAGCCAUACUGCGCCUGCGGCCUAUCUGGUCAAUCAGUACGACAUAUCCUCAUGGAAUGCCCACUGUAUGAGAAUGAACGCGGUCUCAUGUGGUCACGAAUCAAGGGAUUCCGACGCACAACAGAUCUGCAAGCAUUACUCAAGGAAAAAAAGGCCGCAAUUGCAAUCGCGCAGUUCAUCAUUGAUACGCGAGUGCUUGAUCAAUUCCGUGAGGUAGAUCCGGAAGCAGUUGGCACCUAUGAAAGCACAGAAACAGCGGCUCAAUUGGAGCCUGCAAAUGACAAGGACACUGACGUGGGAACAUUAAGGACUAGGAUUGAUAUGAAUAUGAGCUUUGGAUCAAGCGAUUCGGAACCAGCCAACGGGGAUGCGACGUAG